AUGGCUUGCCAAUGUCUUCGUGUCGAUCAACUGGACGCUCAUGUUCUUGACUCGGAAAUCCGUACGAUCGUUCAAGACUCUGUGGAUGACGUCGUCAACCAAAUGCCCGUUUGGGUGGCCAGAAUAUUCGAGAAACUUAGGCCCGAACUGAAAAUCACUCUGGAAGCGGUGCUCUGGACGCAUCGAUUUGCUCGAAUGGCUUCUCCGGGACAGGAACAGAUGGAUAUCGCCUACGCGGAAUACACUCCGAAACGCAUAAGCGGGCACUUUUUCGUGGAAGUCAUCGUUCCUUAUCUGACGAGCAGAGUGACCGAAUUGAGUGGAAGGAUGGAUUUGGCGAGGAUGUACGCGAAAGUUGAAGCGCUUUUUGAAGUAAGUGAGCAGGUGAUGUUCGCGAGCUAUUUUUUGAUUUUCAGUUAGUGAGUCUGUUCCAUUUUCUGAAUUUUCUGCGCGCCGGCGGUCAUUCGACAAUCUCCGAAAGUGUUCUUUCGCUUCGAAAUUGGAACAACAAUCAGCCAACUCUCUGUGAGUUGCUUCUACGUUCAAUUCGAUUCACUGAAUGCGAAUUUCAGCGUCUAUCAACUACGACAGUCAGAAUCGCGAGCUGAUGUGGCACGCCUUCCGCGACGUCAUCCUUCUCACCUAUCCGUUCCUGAACAGAGUUCGACAGCGAAUGUCGAAGAAUCAAAAGAUGGCUCGAAAGUUUGGGAGUCUGCAGGAUGGGAUCGAGUGCGUCGUGUGCGACAAACCGGCGGUGAUUCCGAUGAUUGGUCAGAAGUGCGGCCACGUGGCGUGCUACACGUGUGUUGCCACGUCACGCAAGGACACGUGUCCACUGUGCUCGGAUGGAUCAGAGAAAGCAGAGAAGGAGGGGAAAAUGGAGUUUCUGGCCAAGUCGACGAAUCUUGUCAUUCGAUAG